CAGACAACUGUGCUGUACUUAAGUUUUGGCAAACGCGUACUAUACAUUAUUGCUAUUAUAAAGCUAUUGUGACAUAAAUUAGAGGAUCGUGUUAUGUUUUAAUAGAAUAUUAACACUUAUGUAGCAAAACAUUUAUUUUGUAACUAGUGUCUAGGAUAACCCGGAAGUAAAUUGGGUCUACGCGAUACUGCGUGGAAAUGAAUGGAUUUUGCAAAGUCAAGGUUGCAUUUUUUUGUACAAACUCUUGAACCACUUCAAUUUUAAAGACAAGGACAGACAUUUUCCAUGGAGCAUUUUGAGCAGGAUUUAGUCGACGCUCUUAGAGAUGUGGUGAAAGCCGGUAGCUGGCAGUGUGUCGGAAAAGCAGCCAGGUUCAAGUCACCGUGCACCAAGUUGUACUCUGAAGAUGGAGAACAUAUCGUUGUUGUACGAACGGAAGACGGACGGUUUUGGGCGAUGGACUCAUCUUGUCCGCAUGAAGGGGGUCCACUUGACCAAGGAGACAUUGAGGACCUUGGAGAUGGCAAACUGGCACUAAUAUGCCCAUGGCACUAUUUUGAUUUUAGCCUGGAGACAGGUUUGUCCUCCACAGGACUACAGAAUCAAGUAUAUGAUGUCAGAGAAGUGGAUGGAAAACUGUAUAUAAAUACUCAAAGUAGUUUGUCUCUUUAUCCAGUCUCUGGGGCAAAAAAGGCAAACCAAGACGCCACGUUGCCCACAGAACCAAAGUUAGAAUCAUCAGAAAACACGCUGUGCUUCUGGGCAACGAAAAUCCUCUGCACUCCAGACCCACAAGAAAAGGUGGCUUUGACUAAGCAAGUGCAGAGUUGGUGGGACACUGGGGAAAUAACAGAGAUCGGUGAGUGUGCACCGCCGGCUCAGCCUAGCAGAAUAGAUAGCCUGACUGUGGUGGAGCCGGGCAAAAUCAAACGUGGCAAAGGAGGAACGCAGGCAAGCCGAAUUGCUUUGCUUCAUUCUCUGGCUAACAUAGAGCAAUGGGCCAUUGACCUCUCAUGGGAUAUCAUUGCUCGAUUCUCCACAGUCAAGCUGGGCUCUGGAGACUCGCUUCCACGAGCGUUCUUUAGCGACUUUGUCAAAGUAGCCGGCGAUGAAGCCAAGCAUUAUGAAUUAUUAGAGCAAAGGAUCAAGGAACAUGGCACCUCUUUUGGUUCUCUUCCAGUACAUAAUGGUUUGUGGCAAUCAGCAGCAGACACAUCACAUGAUCUUCUGGCUAGGCUGGCUAUAGUGCACAUGGUCCAUGAGGCUAGGGGUUUAGAUGUGCACCCUCAGACACUGUCCCGCUUUGCAGCGCAGGGAGACACAAGCUCAGUAAAGAUCCUGGAAGUGAUUUAUGCUGAUGAGAUAACGCAUGUGGCUGCAGGUCUCCGAUGGUUCACUUACAUUUGCUCCAAGGAGGAACGGGAUUGUUUGGCAACAUUCCACAACUUGGUUAAAUUGCAUUUCAAAGGGUAUUUAAAGCCUCCGUUCAAUACAGAGGGAAGGAAGACUGCGGGAAUGACCGAGGAGGUAUAUAUUGCAUUGCAGUCACCCAAGUUUAAUAUCUGAGCCAUUGUCUAAUUUCACCAUCACUGAUUGUAAUUUCCAUUUUUAGUGGUAUGUUCCACUUGUUAAACCCUCCAGCUGACUGAAGAUCUCCUGCAGAAUUUCAGCUAUAAACUAUGUAUUUUCACUAGUAUAUAGUCAGCCUGCCAGUAUUAAUAUCUCUUUUACAGUAAACACAUGGUUGAUAAUUAUAGCUUCUGUUUGCUGUUGUAAAAUGGUUAAUUAUACAAAAAAAAUGUAUUGUUCUAUGUACUGUAUUAGGUUUAUUAUCUGAAAUUUAUUUGUAGUGCUAAUUGUAAAGAUAUCAUUGCAAUAAUCAUUGCUUCUAAGAAAAUCUAAUGCAUUUCUUGGUAAUUUAAGAACAGUAAAAUGUAUGAAAAAAUUAUAUGAUGGGGUCUGAACGUCCAGCACAGUUCAAUGAGACCAGCAGUAAAAAUGUUUCUAUUUUCUAUUCUUUUCACAAACUAGAUUAUUGAGAACAACUUAAGAUGUUUUGAGUCUUUGAAAUGUUCAGAUCAGAGUUCAUAGUAUUUUUAUUUUAAUGACAUUGACAUUUUUUUGCUGAUAGUCUAUUCAAAUUUUCAUUGUUUAUUUAAAUUUUUUGCAAAAUUCCAAAUUAUUAUUUAUUUACAGGUUAAAAUAAAAAAAAUAAGAAUUUUAAUGUUGUGGUGUCAAACUUUUGGACCUAUAUAGUGCAAGUUUUGGAAUUUGUUAUAAGCAAGGCACCAUAUUUAAUUUUGUAUAAUAAAUACUAUACACUCA